UAUUUAGGAUAAUUGAGAAUUUAUGACAAAAACACUGAGAUCCGUAAGAAUGCUGAGUCAGUUGGGCAAGAAAAUUGGGAUGAAGAAUUAAGUAGUAAUUGGACGAUGAUUUCUAUUUUGGUUCACUAAUUACAAUACAAUCUCAAUCUUUUCGUUGCCAUCAAAUCAAAGUGCAACCCUUGUAGCCUAAUUUGCAGGCUCAAACAAUCUACAAAACGAACGGCCCACAUAGAUUACGAACCCAUUCAUAACUGCCACAAAAGCCUUUUUUUUUCCCACUCUCCGGGGAAGAGAUGGCCGCGACGGACGUCAUCUUACAGGCGGCGAUCCUCUUAUUCACUUUGUCAAUACUGGCGGCGAUAAACUACCUCCCCAAGCGAGCUCUAACAAAGCUUCGACCUAAAACCCGAACUGCAGUCGUAUCCACACGCCACUUCCUUCAGGGCUCGCACUACCUGGCCCGUGCCCAAUCUGCCUCUAGCGUAGCCCAAUCCAAAAUCCUAGCCAAGAACGCCCUAAUCGAGGCCGAAUCGGCGAUUUCCGCCUCCCCGAGAGACUCUGCUCCUCUGAUUCUCAAGGCUGUAGCUCUCGAUCUGAUGGGACACAAGAGUUCCGCUUUGAGAUCGCUCGACCAGGCGCUGUCGACGCCUUGCGUGAAGUCACUAACUAUGCAGGAGCGCGCGGAUGCUCUGGUGAAGAGGGCUGAGCUGAAAGUCGCGGUGAAUCGGCGAAGGCGAGUUGACUCGGCCUUAGAGGAUUUGAGAGAGGCUGUGAGACUGGCUGGAAGUGAGGGGCAUGCUCGGGCGACAUGCUUGAUGGGCCAAUGUUAUGAGUGGAAGGGAAUGAGGAAGGAGGCUAAACGGUCUUUUGAGGAGGCCCUUCGAAUUGACCCUGAGCUUAUUGAGGCCCGUCAAGGAUUCGACGGGCUGGGCCUAUGAGUUCUGGGCUUGGCCGAAUACGAGUACGACUUCGUUUUGUAAUUUCAUUCUCGGACAGAUGUAGAAUUUUUUAACUGAUUUCUUGAUGUACAAUCCAAUCUUUGUUGAAUGCAACCUCUAGCCGAGUUGGUUCCUGA